AAGCACGAGCGAAGCAGUGCUUGAAUCUAAUGGAUGCAGGUUUUCAAGCCAAGUAAAAUUCAAAGAUGACUUUUAUUAUUCGUAAGCUGAUAGCAAGGAUGGUAGCUGAUGCAACUGCUCGAACAGAGGAUGCCAUCCUUCCACUUUUGACACCAGCACUGAAGGGCAAAAAGAAUAGCCUUGAUCUCAAGCUUGGACUAUCUGUUACGUCCCUGAACUCUGAUGAAGAAGAUGGUUCUCGCUCAAAGCGGCCAGAUUUUAAUGUUCUCAAUGAGAAAGCUAUGCAAAUAGCCAAGAAGAUUACCUGCCCUGAUCAUGUACAAAACAUAAGUGUGGAGAAAGGGGUGUUGUAUUUCUCUCUGGAUCCUCUGUAUGUUAUCAAGCAAGUCAUCCAAGAUGUCUCAGAGCAGGAAGGGCAUUACGGCUAUCAACCCUAUCCUGGCAUUGACAGCAAACUCAAUAUCAUUGUGGAAUACAGCUCUCCUAAUAUAGCUAAACCAUUCCAUGCUGGGCACCUGCGAUCCACUCUCAUCGGAAACUUCUUUGCCAACCUUCAAGAACGUCUUGGCCAUAAUGUCACCAGGAUCAACUACCUUGGGGACUGGGGUACUCAGUUUGGUAUUCUUGGAGUAGGUUUUCAAGACUUUGGGAAUGAGGAGAAGCUGAGGGUGAAUCCGAUUCAACACUUGUAUGAGGUUUAUGUAGCAACCAACAAGGCAGCCCAGAAUGAUCCGUCCAUCUGGGAAAGAGCUAAGGACCUCUUUAGAAGAAUGGAACAGGGAGAUUCAGAUGCAUUAGCAAUGAGACACAGAUUUCAGGAAUUGAGUAUUGCAGAUUACAGAAGAACAUAUCAGAGACUGGGAGUGCAUUUCGAUGAAUACUGUAGUGAAUCCCAAUACAGCAGUGAAGCACAGAAUCUAAUCAACACCCUCAGGGAUGGAAAUCUACUUACUACAUCAAAGAGAGGAACGGGUGACAUUAAUCUCUCCGACAUCUGUCCCAGGUUCCCUGUUGCCACCCUUGCUAAGAGUGAUGGAUCAUCUCUCUAUCUUACCAGAGACAUUGCUGCCGUCCUAGACAGGAGGAAACGUCAUACCUUUGAUGACAUGUACUAUGUAGUGGACAAAGGUCAAGAAGGUCACUUUGAGCAGCUGAAAGGAGUGUUGAGGAAGAUGGAUCAAGACUGCUUUCAAAGAAUCCACCACAUCAAGUUUGGUAAAGUUUUAGGAAUGCAGACUCGGAAGGGAACUGCCAUCUUUCUGACUGAUAUCUUAGAUGAAGCAAGAGAUCGUAUGUUGCAUAACAUGGAACAGACAUCAACAACCAAAGCCCAAGAAGACCCUGAGCGCAUAGCAGAGAUCCUUGGUGUGUCAGCUAUCAUCCUUCAGGAUCUCAAAGGGUCUAUAAUCACAGACUACAAGUUUGAAUGGGAUAGAGUCUUGACUAGUCAGGGAGAUACGGGAGUCUUUCUACAGUAUUCUCAUGCAAGGCUUUGCAGCAUUGAGGAGCUGAACAGUAUACCAGAGCUAUCCUCUCAUGAUGAUAUAGAAUGGAAUCUGUUAUGUGAACCUGAAGCUGUACAGUUAGCCUGGUUUAUCAGUCAUUAUGAUGUUGCAGUUAGGAGAGCAGUCUUUGAGAGGGAACCUAAAGCAGUGGCCCAGUAUCUACUACAGCUAGGACAUUUAAUUUCCAGAGCAAACAACAAACUCAAAGUAAAAGGAAGUCCAGUUAAUGUUCAGAGGGCAAGACUUGGACUAUUCCGAUCAGCUAGAAUAACCUUGGCCAACGGGAUGAAGCUAUUGGGCAUGACACCACUUAAUAAGAUGUAGAAAAUAGCACUGAGACCGGUAACACAAGACUGUUCAAUUGAUCAUUCAAUUGAUUUUUUAUUAUUGAUUAUAAAACAUCAAUCAUAAACUAAUACUUACCGUGUAUUGUCCAUAAUCAGUCAACACUUGACUAUGUACUGAACAAACAUCUCUCUAAUACUACUACAUUACAAAAAAAAGACAUGUCUUUACUGUACUCUUAAAUGAUUCCACCAAUGUAAAAGACUGUAUAUGUGCUGAAAAACUAUUCCACAGUUUGGGUCAGAAAAGUCAUUACUAACAACCCCUCUUUUUGAAACAGCUCUUUGAAUGUGUAAGAUCGAAG